ACUGGUGCCAGAGAGCAGGAAGAGAUAUGCUGGAGAGAGAGGAAGUCCCACAAUCCCUCCAUCCAUCCAUUCAUCACUCCAUCCAUCCGACUCUCCAUCCGUUAGAGUUCUCCCAGUUCUGCAGGAUUUUGUUUCUGGAUCCAUGAGACGAGGAUGUGAGGUCAGGGGAACGGGACGGCAGAACAAUAUGAAACUGCAGCAGGAUUUCUUUUGACUGUGUGUGUUUGUCCUGCCUUGGGAUUCAAAACAACAAGGACUGAACCCACGUAAAGACACAAGUUUACCGGGACAUCCCAAGUCUUCUUGGCGUCCUGUAGAUGAGGGAGAGGGAGCGUGGAGGAGAGAGGCGGACGAUGGGAGGAGUGGAAAUAGGAUUAAGAGGCGUAGAGAGGGAGCUGUAGGAACAUGGCGAGACUCCGCUCUGACUCCUGGUGCGCAGAAGUGACCUUUGACAUCGAAGACAACCCAGACUCUUUUGUUCUGCUCAGCUGACAUCCACUUGUCACUCAGACACUUUUCUUUGUGAGGUUUCUCUCAAUGCCUCAAAGGAGCGCGUUCAAAGCCUUGACAACAUGCCACAGUGAGUAAUCUUCUGUGCCAUUGUGUCUGCCGUAAUUUGGAGAAGUAUUUAAUCUUCCUGCGACCCACUUUUUUUUCCGCUCCAGCCUGCGUUUCUGUUAAAAUUAGCAUCCCGCAUCUCCGGACAGCGCAUGGGACUGUUUCCGUCUUUUGUCUUGAGACUUUUAGAGAAGCAGCACUUAAGUCUCUGCACUUAAAAUCUGCAGCUUCUCAGGAUCAUUUGUUCAUUCCUGGAAGUCAAGUUGAGUCCUAAAUCUGUGACUGCUUUCAGGAUGAGAUGCUUUAUCUGUUGCCGGAUGUCGCACAUGAGCUUUCUGGAUCCUCCGCUCUUCCUAAGCAGGGUUUGGACUGUCACAGAUGCUCUCCAUGCUGCUCAGUGACAAACUCAGUCUCUGGACAGUUUCCAGAUUUGAACUCUACAUGAAUGUCUCGCAAGUGGACCUUUACUUUGUAACAAUUACUUUACAGCGAGCAACAAUCACUGGACUGAUGCAAAUCGCAGCAGCUGCAGGGAUGAACUGCUGGGGUCCGGGAAGAGCCGGGAAUGCCACUAAAUCGGACGGAAGUGGGCCGCGCGGAGGGAGGCUGAUGAUGCUGGUGUGGAUUAUCCUCUUCAGCUCGCUGUGCCUGAUGGUCGACGGGCAGAUGAAGAUCCCACCAGAAACGGUGCAGCAGUGGGCCGUGUCCUUUAGCAAAGAGAUUGCUGCUCUGUCCGCCAGGUACUCUGGAGCCAAGCUGCUACAGAAGAAAUACAAGGACAUCGAGGGCAUGGUGAAGAUUGAGGAGGUGGACGGAGAGGAGCUGGCGAAAAAGUUCGCAGAGGAGAUGGAGGAGAUGCUCGGGAGGAAGAUGAAGUCAGUGAAGAGGUUAGCAGAAGCAGCAGAGGAUGCAGAUUUAUACCACGAGUACAAUGAAACACUGGAGUUUGAUUAUUAUAACUCCAUGCUGAUCAACUCGUACGAUCAGGAGGGGAACUCGGUGCCGCUGGGAGGAGAAUUCCCUCUGGAGGCAAAUGAACACUUCAAUAAACUGCCAGUCAACACACAGCUGAGCAACAUACAAGUCCCCACUAACGUCUACAACCGAGAUCCAGACAUUCUCAACGGAGCCUACAUGUCCGAGGCCCUGAAUGACGUGUUCAUCGAUAACUUCCAGAAGGACCCGACUCUCACGUGGCAGUACUUUGGCAGCGCUACAGGCUUCUUCAGGCUGUACCCAGGGAUCAAGUGGACUUCAGAUGAAAAUGGUGUGGUCACGUUUGAUAGCAGAAACAGAAAUUGGUAUAUCCAAGCAGCCACGUCUCCCAAAGAUGUGGUGAUCGUGGUGGAUGUCAGCGGCAGCAUGAAGGGACUCAGACUGACCAUCGCCAAACACACCAUCAAUACAAUCCUGGACACACUGGGAGAAAAUGACUUUGUUAACAUCAUUGCUUACAGUGAUUAUGUUCGUUACGUGGAGCCCUGCUUCAAGGGCACACUGGUACAAGCUGAUCUGGAUAACCGGGAGCAUUUCAAGAUUUUGGUUGAAGAGCUUCAUGUGAAAGGAGAGGGCAAAGUGAAAUAUGCAAUGAAAGAAUCUUUCAAGAUUCUCAAUGAGGCUGCUGCACUGGGCCAGGGCAGCCUGUGUAACCAGGCCAUCAUGCUGAUUACAGAUGGAGCCAUGGAGGACUUCCAGGAGGUUUUUAAGGAGUUCAACUGGCCAGAACGGAGGGUUCGAGUGUUCACCUAUUUAAUUGGACGUGAGAUGACAUUUGCUGAUAAUGUCAAAUGGAUCGCCUGCAAUAACAAGGGUUACUACACCCACGUCUCCACGCUGGCGGACGUGCAGGAAAACGUUAUGGAGUACCUCCAUGUUCUCAGCCGGCCGAUGGUCAUCAACCAUGAUCAUGACAUCAUAUGGACCGAGGCCUACAUGGACACUGUGUCCCCAAUCACAGAAAAGCUGUUCGAUACUCAGGCCCAAAGCCUGCUGCUGAUGACCUCAGUGGCCAUGCCUGUGUUCAGCAAGAAGAAAGAGACUUUGUCUCAUGGGAUUCUGCUGGGAGUGGUGGGAACUGACGUGGCCCUAAGAGAACUGAUGAGAUUAGCUCCGAGAUACAAGUUGGGUGUCCAUGGUUACGCCUACCUCAUCACUAACAACGGCUACAUCCUGUCUCACCCUGACCUACGACCGUUGUAUAAGGAGGGGAAGAAGUUAAAGCCAAAACCCAACUACAACAGUGUUGAUCUGUCAGAGGUGGAGUGGGAGGACACUGAGGAGAAACUGAGGACAGCCAUGGUGAAAGGAGAAACUGGAACGUUAUCUUUAGACGUGAGAACGUCAGUGGAUAAAGGAACGAGAGUGAUGUUCCUGAAGAAUGAUUACUUUCACACCGUCCUCAAUGAGACGCCAUUUAGUCUGGGUAUAGUGUUAACUCGGGGGUAUGGACAGUAUAUCUUCAUUGGCAACGUCUCUGUUGAAGAAGGUCUUCAUGACUUACUGGCUCCAGAUCUGACCAUAGCCAGCGAGUGGACAUACUGUGAGACUGACAUUGACCCAGCCCACCGCAAGCUGAAUCAGCUGCAGGCUGUGGUACGAUACCUCACUGGCAAAGAACCAGAUUUGGAGUGUGAUGUGUUGUUGUUGCAACAAACUCUGUUUGAUGCUGUGGUCACGGCUCCUAUGGAAGCUUACUGGACCGCCCUUAUGCUUAAUACAUCUGGUAUGGACGAUGGAGUAGAAACAGCGUUCCUGGGGACCCGUUCAGGCCUGUUGAGAUUCCAGCGGUACACUGGUAUUGAGAAAAGGGUUGCUAAGUCUUUCCUGACCUCCACAGACAAGGAGAAUAUGUUCACACUGGACCAUUUCCCAGUAUGGUACCGCAGAGCAGCCGAGUACCCAGCUGGACAGUUUCUAUACUACAUGCCCAGACAGGACACUAGAGCAGGGCCGAUAGUGAUCUCUACCACUGCAGUCACUGUGACCGUGGGCAAGAAAACUGCCAUCGCUGGAGCCAUCGGUGUCCAGAUGACUCUUGACGCGUUUGAGUCCAGAUUCUGGUCCAUUACGUCACAGCCAAAUGACACAGAUUGCUCUGACAUAGAAGGGAAAUGUCCUCUUCGGUGUGGCAGCUUUGAUAUCAACUGUUACCUGAUUGACAAUAAUGGCUUUGUCCUAAUUUCUAAACAGCGUAAUGAUGCGGGGAGGUUCUUUGGUGAGGUUGAUGGAUCAGUGAUGACCACACUUAUCAGAAUGGGCAUGUUCAAAAGGGUGUCCUUGUUCGACUACCAGGCCAUGUGUAAGAUGAACUCGCACUCUGUCAACAGCGCUCGUCCACUUCUCAGUCCGUUCUAUGGUUUGGCUUCAGCGCUCAAGUGGCUCCUCUCCAACUUCCUUCUGUUCCUCCUGGAGUUUAAUAUCUGUGGCUUCUGGCACACGGAGCAUUUUGCUGAUGCGAAGCCAUCUUUCAGCGUGUCCUCGGCUCAUAAGAAAAAAGGGGACAUCCUGCAGCCGUGUGAAACCGAGUACCCCAGCUUCGUUUAUGAGCCGUCAGUCAAAGAGACCAACAGCAUUAUUAAGUGUGGACGCUGCCAGAAGAUGUUUGUGGUGCAACAGAUACCAGACAGCAACCUCCUGAUGCUGGUGGUUCAAGCAGACUGUGACUGUUCCAGACAGUACAGUCCCAUCACCAUGGAGCCCAAGGAAGUCAAAUAUAACGCCUCGGUAAAGUGUGACAGGAUGAGGUCGCAGAAGAUUCGCAGACGGCCCGAGUCCUGCCACGCCUACCAUCCACAGGAGAAUGCCAACGACUGCGGACGAGCUUCUUUCAUUUCUCUCUCAGUCUCUCUCUUCUUUAUCUGUCUUUCCUUCUCCACGAUCAUCUCUUGACGAUGGACAACUUUUGGUGUUUCAUCCGUUAUCGCAUAAAGGGGAAGAUUGGAAUAAAUGAAGACUGAAAAUGUGACUCAAAAUGUGUUUGAACACUGGACACCUCAAGUGGAUUUUUUUUAAAUGUUCCUAAUUAUGGACAAUUUGCUCAUGAAGACCACAAGUCACGUCUCUCCUGGCGGACAUGGACAUCGAUGUUAUUAUGAGCGUUUGUGGGUCACGCACCAAUUUGCAUCUCACAAUGAAAAGGGACUGAAGAGAUGCAGGUGGUGGCUGUGAUGUGCUUUGAAGCAAGAGGCUUAUGAGUCACAAGAUGCAGCAUAACAAAAUCCAAGGGGGGGAAAAUAUGUUUCUCAUUUCCCUUAUCACACUGAAUGGUGUGUUGCAAGCACACAUGCAUAUUAUAUAUGCGGCUGCAAGCAUGCAAACCUCCAAUAAUACACGCAUCCAAUAUUUAUCAGCCACAAUGCUUUAUUCAAAGACAUUGCUCUUUUAAUGAUGAGUAAUAACCACAGAGACAAGGGCUACAGACGUAUGUGGGAGAACACUGUUGUGUUUCUGGUGGGAGUCAUGUUUUACAUGGUUGUUUACAAAAUUAAUGGAUAAUGGACAAUGGCUAAGAUUAUGGCUCAAUUCUUAGAAAGUCAUGGUUGCAUAGAAUUUAGAUUUAUAGUAAAAAUAUGAUAAAAGAUAAUAAAAAUGGGGAUCGUCAGCUCCUUGGGGGUAUCUCAUUUUGAAUUUAUAUUUUGAUCACAUCCCCGAAAAUAUUUGUUUCUUUUUAAAUAAUGUCUGUCUGCCUCUCUGUCUUUAUCAGCUGUGUCUUUCUUUGUGUUUGUACAUAUACCUUUUGUAACUAUGUUUGUCUGGACGUGUGGAAACCUGAACUCUUGCAGCGUAUGUCUACAAUCUGCAUGGUCACACAAUUGUAGACUGAAGUUCAAAAUGGUUUCAGAUCACUUGUGUUUCGUGUGUAUGUGUUGGGGGUGUUAAAAAAUGAACAAACAUGAUGUCAAUCUGCAUGUGUUUACCACAAAUGAUGAUUUGCACUUUUACCAAGAUAAACAUUUUUAAGAAAUUAAAUUUCAAUGCAUUUUCUGGAGACUCAACUUCCUGUAUCUGCUUUUAUAAAACAACUAAAAAAGCAAAGGUAGCUUUCCCUCUGAGAAGCGGUGUUGUUCGUAUGGAAGGAACUUGGUCAUGGCUUCAUUUUUUUUAAAUCUCAUGUUGAUUUGUGUGUAAGUUCAAUGUAAAUGAAUCACACACAGUAUUUUUGUACACAUCUGCUUGUAUGUUUCAUAUUUUGGACUGUUUUGCUCAGUGUUUCAUCUUUGAGCUGUGAGUGUCCCUGUUGUUGUUUUCUAUCAUGUUUUUUCCAUCAUCUUACGAAGCAUGUCCUUUGAGUUGAACUAAUUCUGUUGACAGAAUUGCCUCAGACUUUGCCUGUUUAGGUAAUAGACUCAGAUACAUGUCGUGUGUGUGCAUCAUUACACGUUGUUCUCUCUCUUGCUGGGAUUAUUACAGAAUUUUGACUCAUUCGUUUGACUUUUGUUGGUAAUCUUCACUGUACAAUAUUGUGUGGUUGAUAUGUUCACAUUGUGUGUUGAUCGACUGAAGCCAUUAUUUGUACAAAGACAAAUAAAAUUAUCCUCAUGGUUUUUUUAUACUAUAA